AUGCUGCUGCUGCUGCAGCAUCGCAGUCAACCCCACGAAUCGGAAGAGGAGGAGCAGGCUCGCUUGUCUGAUCCUGAAUUCGAGGACGUUCCUGAUGACGACGACCUCCCGGAAAAUGAUGAAAACUACGAUUACCUUCAAGCAACACGACGAUUAGAUGCAGACGAGCUGCAGGCAGAGGAGGAAGGCGAGCGCCUCAUCGAUGAUCAAGGAGACGAUGGAUUCGUGUUUGGCAUGAAAGAUGACGAGCGCGAGGCUGCAGCUUUCUUGGCAGCCGGACUGGAUGCAGAUGCAGAUGAUGCAGAUCUCAUUCAUGACGAAGAUCUUGGACUUGACGAGCGAAGGGAGGCAAGAGCGCGAAGGGCUGCAGAGCGACAUCUCAGAGCACGCGAUCGUCUUCGACAGUCUGGCGAUCGCAAAGAUAUUUGGCGACGCUUGCUUGAGGAAGACGAGGAUGAAGCUGCCGAAAUGGAGAGGUUACUGCAACGCGUCCAGCAAAGAAGGCGCCAUCUAACGAAAACUGCCACUGACGGCGAAGUUGUGAAUCUUCGAGACUUGCAGCAAGCCAAGAAUUUAUUAGCAGAUUCCAAUCCUCGGCAAGUCCCUUUCGGCGCUGAGCACCAACAAGCGGUCGACACGCUCUUCAGUCAGUGUUUCUUCACAGAACACCCUUAUGAAGGAGCAGCUCGAACCGCUGAUCUUGUUUCUGUUGCUGCUGUUGCAGAUACUUUUUGUAUCACUUCUCGUUAUCAGCCUAUAACAGCCAGAGCCUUACAUGCGGCGGUUUGUGCUUCAGCCGAUAAGCAGAGCCUAGAGGUUGACGUGAGGCAUCUACUGUUUGUCUCUGAGCAGCUAGUCCGCUGGCUCGAGUUGCAUCCAACACCCGCCUUGCAGGUGCUACACGAUGUAGUGACGGCUGAAGCAGCAGCGGCUUGUCCGUCUCUCUACGGCGCACGCAUGUGUCAGUGCUUGCUCUUCAACUGGCCAUAUAAGACGCAGCUAAGAGCUCUCAGAUGCUCAGAUCUCAACACGCUUGUCUGCGUCAGCGGGGUUGUAACGAGGCGUUCAGCAGUCUUGCCAAGAAUGCGACUGAUCUACCUCAAAUGCGCGCUUUGCCUCUCGAACGUCUCUGAUGCACCGCUACAAGUGGUGGAAGGGCAGAAGAAAAUCAAUCUUCCGAAGCGCUGUCCAAAUUGCCAGGCCUCUCGAUUCGCCCUAGACCGCCUCAGAACGUCCUACACAGAUGUGCAGAGGCUUACAUUGCAAGAGUCGCCGUCGCAGUGUCCUCCUGGACGCCCACCGCGUCAGCGCGAGUUGUUGCUCACUGGCGAGUUGGUGGAAAGCGCAAAGCCUGGAGAGACUAUCGAGGUACUUGGGGUGUAUCGAACAAAGCUGGACACAGCGCUGAAUGUGCGCGCGGGCUUUCCCGUCCUUCGAACAGAAAUUUGCGCCAACAGCAUUCGCACAACAAAGCAGGAGAUGAUCAAGGAGCUGACAGACGAUGACAUCAAGGCCAUCAAGGAGCUGUCUAGACAGCCCAACGUCAGGGAGCGCAUUAUCGCGUCGAUCGCGCCAACGCUUUGCGCGUCGAAGCAGAUCAAGACGGCUCUUGCAUACGCCCUCUUCGGCGGCUUGCCAAAGGGCAGAGACAUCCCUGCAGCAGCAGCGGGUGGGGUUGGAGCUCACGCUCAGCAGCAAGCAGCUGCAGCAGCAACUCAGGAAGAGGGCAAAGCUACGGCAGGUCAACACGUUAUCCGGGGUGAUAUCAAUGUCCUUUUGCUGGGUGAUCCUGGACUUGGCAAGUCGCAAGCAUUGCAAUAUGUCGCCCGUACUUUCCCGCGAAGUAUUUCCACCACUGGCAAAGGCGCGUCUGCAUGCGGCCUCACUGCAGGUGUCAGACGCGAUCCAUACUCUGGGGAGUGGUCGUUGGAAGGCGGCGCGCUGGUGCUGGCAGACGAAGGCAUUUGCCUCAUUGACGAAUUCGAUAAGAUGUCUGAAAAUGAUCGUGUCUCCAUCCACGAAGCUAUGGAGCAGCAGAGCAUUUCCAUCAGCAAGGCUGGCAUCGUCACAACGCUCAGAGCGCGAUGCAGCGUCAUCGCUGCUGCAAACCCUAAGUUUGGACGCUACAUUCCCUCCUACACGUUUAAAGAGAAUGUCGAUCUCUCGGAUCCUAUUUUAUCUCGCUUCGACCUCAUCUGUGUACUCAGAGACAUCCCGGAUGCAGACGAGGAUUUCUCUCUCGCCGAUUACGUCUUGAGCAGUCACCAGUUGAAUCAUCCAAAUAUCAUGCAGCUGCAGCAGCAACCCCAGCGUCGCAUUGCGCAGCUCGAGGCUGCCUUGAAAGCCUCGGAAGCACACGAACCUAUCAACCAGGAGCUGCUGCAGAAAUACAUCUUAUACGCGCGCGCGCACUGCCACCCCGUUCUCGAUUGUUCGCUUCCAGCGCUAAGCGCCAAGCUCUCUUCCUUCUACGCAAAGCUGCGCAAACGCGCCGCAGCUACAGGAGGACUGCCGCUAACUCUGAGGCACGUGGAGUCGCUCCUGCGUAUUUCAGAGGCUAAUGCAAAGAUGCGGCUGUCUCCCACUGUGUCAUCGCUGGAUGUCGACUUUGCGAUUUCGGCGGUUCUGUCCUCCUUCCUCUCCGCGCAGAAAUUCGCUGUUCAGCAGAGACUUGCGAAGGAAUUUGCGAGGUACACUGCACUUGCCACUGGAGGUUGGGCAACACUUGCAGCCUUGCUGCGCCGUUUGAUGCAGCAGCGGCUGCAGCGUGCAGCUGCGCUACAGCCGCUGCAGUCUCAGGAAGCAGAUGCGGAGGCAGCCGAGGUGCUGCUAGAGCAAAGAGACAUCGAGAAAUGUCGGAAGGUGGACUUGGAGGAGUUUCUAAGGCUAGCCAGUCAGCACAAGUUUACUGGUUACCAGGUGGAGCAGUGGAUCGCUUCCAACAAUUUCAAGGCGCACUUCUCUCUCCUCGAGGAGGGUAACUGCAAGUUGCUCGUUAGUAACAACUGGCGUCGAGACACUGCAAGUUCAGCCCCUCCGAGCCAAGUGCCUGCAGCCUCCUGA